AUGGCGGGCUACAGAGCAGAUGAUGAUUACGAUUACCUAUUCAAGGUGGUUCUAAUCGGCGAUUCGGGUGUUGGAAAGUCCAAUUUGCUUUCUCGAUUCACCAGGAACGAGUUUAGCCUCGAGUCUAAAUCCACGAUCGGUGUCGAGUUCGCGACUCGUAGCUUGAAUGUCAAUGACAAAGUCAUCAAAGCCCAGAUUUGGGAUACUGCUGGUCAAGAGAGGUACCGAGCAAUCACUAGCGCGUACUACAGAGGAGCCGUUGGGGCGCUUCUUGUCUACGAUGUAACGAGACACUCGACGUUCGAAAACGUUGAGAGAUGGCUAAGGGAGCUCCGUGACCACACCGACCCAAACAUAGUCGUGAUGCUCGUGGGGAACAAGUCCGAUCUUCGACAUCUAGUGGCGGUUCAGACCGAAGAUGCGAAAUCUUUUGCGGAGAACGAGUCGCUCUACUUCAUGGAGACUUCAGCUCUUGAAGCUACUAAUGUUGAGAACGCGUUCUCUGAAGUGCUCACUCAGAUUUACCAUGUUGUGAGCAAGAAAGCGAUGGAGGCUGGUAAUGAUUCGAGCUCCGGGAAUGCUCCUUCGAAAGGAGAGAAGAUCGAUAUUGAUGUCUCCGCUGUGAAGAAAACCGGUUGCUGCUCGAAUUGA